UCUGGGCAGUGCUGGCAGUUCGCGAUAUUUUCUAUAUAGACAGAAGCCCUUGUGCGCAUGCGUGAAGUGACGUAGCAGCUCGACGUAAGCAGUUUCCAAUGACGGCGUUAGGCACUAAUAGGGGGUUCUUAAGGGACAUGCAGAAAAUACUCGGCCGUCUGUCUGUGUUGUUUGCCUGGGAGUGGUUAGAUUAGAUAGGUAGUGAAAUGACAUAAUAAUAAAUUAGUAUAAUUAAUAUAGUUAUAAUAAUUAGUAUAGCUGUGUAAAAUGUGAUAAUAAGUAUAUAUAGUAUAUAUUAAUAAAUAAAAUGUGAUAAAAAGUGCAAUUUUAAUAUAAAGUGAUAUUGUGAUAUAAAGUGAUAUAAAGUAAAAAAUAUAUUUAUUUUUACUUAUGAAUAGCAUUCUGUUUCUUUCCACAAACUUUUUUUCUUCCUACAAUCCUUUCAUAUUUUCCUUUAGGUGAAGGAUCUUAUGAUACCUUAAAAUAGAUACGGCGCUGAGGUUACCACAGAGUUUGCUCAAUGCGCGUGCGCGAAAAUAUAUCGCGAACUGCCAGCACUGAGUCUGGGAGCAAUGGCGUGGGGUCACUAAAGGCUAGGUGUAACCCAAAAUUGAACAUUGAAUACUAACACUAGCUGAACCAUAAAGAGAGAGAGAGAGUGAGGAGGGGAGGGGAGAGAGAGAGAAAGAGGGAGAGAUGAAUGUGCAAUAUGUGAUUACACAUGUUUGUUUGGAUAGGACUUUACGUGUAUUUUACAUUCUUCUUGUCGAAUCAUAUUAAUUAACUGCUGUGAUAUGCCAAAUAAAAUAACAAAGUAACAUCUUUGUGAGUUCAAUAAUCAUCUCUCAACUGUAUGUGGCUGAGAAUAAUCUUUUGAUAAGACUGCGCUGAUGCAGUCCUUAAACGUUUAGGUAACCUAUAUAUUAGGUUAUUGAUACUUCUUCAAGAUACUGAUUUGUCUUGCAAUAAAAUUUGAAAAGUAGAAUGAUAUAAUAGUUUUAAUGGAUUGUUACAAGAAAUUCUUUGUUAGAAGGCACACUGAACCUUAUCUUGAUGACCUAGAAACUGAACUUGAAAGAAAAGAACGAUGGAGGAGUGUAUAUGUAAUUUACUUUACUAUGUUUUUAAUGUCUCUUGGCUUCAGUAUUAUACUGACUGGAGUUUGGCCAUAUUUGGACAAGUUGGAUCCUACAGCAGGAAAAGAGUUUAUGGGAUAUGUAGUAGCGGCUAAUCCAUUUGGACAAAUGUUGUUUUCACCUCUGGUGGGUUGGUGGGGCAAUAGAAGAGGAUCAGUUAGAUUACCACUUUUAAUGACUCUAGCACUCUUCACUCUAGCAUCUGCAGCUUACAGUGUCCUUGAAGUGAUACCUGGUGACAAGAAGGCUUAUAUGGUUGCUGCCAGAUUCUUCGUUGGAGUUAGCUCAGCCAACAUAGCAGUAGCAAGAUCUUAUUUAUCUGCAGCCACAAAAUUUUCUGAACGUACACGUGCUGUCUCCAUGGUAUCUCUUGCACAGGUACUGGGUUUUGUGGUAGGCCCUGGAUUACAAGCUGCUGUUACACCUCUCGGAGAUCAUGGUAUUACAUUUAUGAUGCUGCCUUUAAACAUGUACACAACAGCUGGUUGGAUUAAUGUAAUAAUGGGUAUCUUUAAUUUUAUUUUGUUCCUCCCAUGGAAUUUCAAGGAACACAAAAUUGCUAUAAAAGAAGCCAUGCGUAAUGACGGAAAAGCUACUGAAAAAGAAAUUUGCAAGUCCUUAAAACCUGACUACCUGGCAUCGUGGACAUUAAUUUGCGCAUUCUUUGUUUUAGUUUUCAACUUUGUUCUUCUUGAAACACUGGGUACUUCUCUCACCAUGGAUCAAUUUGCUUGGACGAAGCAAGAAGCACUGUACUACAUGGGAAUUUUGAUGAGUAUUGGAGCCAUAAUAGCGUGUAUCACAUUUGCCAUGAUUGAACCACUCUGUAAAAGAUUCGAUGAACGUACGGUAAUGUUAUGGGGUGGAUUCUUCUUUAUGUUGAUUGGACGAGUAUUGUGCAUUCCAUGGGGUCCCGAUCUUCCUAAGAUUGCAGAUUUCGGGUUAUACAAUAAUAUCACAGAAGACAUUAAUGGCACGGAGAUCGUGGGCUGUCCGAUUACCCAGGAAUGGUGUCUUUAUACUCCGCAAAUGACGGUUAUUCAAUUUUUCAUCGGUUAUGGCUUUACCAGCAUAGGUUAUCCUCUAGGAGUCACUUUGAUACAAACGAUAUUUAGUAAAAUUCUCGGACCGCGUCCGCAAGGCGUGUGGAUGGGAUUAAUGACAGGUUCUGGUUGUGCAUCUCGCGUUAUGGGCCCAGUUUUUGUAGGCCUUAUUUACACUCGUUUAGGCACAUAUCAUACUUUUGGUAUUACUGGCGUGAUGUUAAUUAUUUCCAUGUUAUGGUUACAACUUGUGAAAAGGCGUUUGAUCCCACCAGAGUUGAAAAAAGCCGGAGAACACGAAAUGCCGAAUGAACAUAUGAAAGAUGUCGAAAUUCCAUUAGUACAUUUAAGAUCUGAUAAUACUCAAACAUCGUGCGAAGUUCGAAAGUUUGACGGGACAUCAGAUGGUGAUAAAGUAUAACGAAAAUUGUUGACAGAGAAAAUUUAUCUUUUUUACGGGUGCAAUAAUGGCACAACUGCCACAACUGGUGUAUAAAAUAUCGGCGAACAACAACAAUGCAAAUUGAUUUAUAUUUUUUAUGAACAUAUACAAAUAUUAUUGUUACGGAGAGAUUACACAUUCUCUUUCUACGUGUGUAGAUAUUUUAUACAAUAUUAUAUAUUUUGUUAAGAAUGUGAUCCAGAUGAAGAAUUAAUAUAUUUAUUAAUACAUUUAUUCGAAAUUAUAAAUUUAUAUUUAGAAGAAACUUGAAAUUUUUAAGUUAAAAUUGUAUAAUCUAUUCAUAUUCUAUUGUUUAUAUAUACAUACAUAUUAUAUACAUACACACACACAUAUAUAUAAAUAAAAACAAUAUGAACAGAUUAUACCAUUUCAGUUUGAGAGUUUCGAGUUUCUUCUAAAUAUAAAUUUAUAAUAAUUCCAAAUAAAUAUAUUAAUUUCUCUUUUGUUAUGUGUAUAUGUGUGUUUGUUUGUAUGUGUGUGUGUGUGUGUGUGUACACGCACACACACAUACACUUUUAUAUAUAUAUAUAUAUAUGUAUAUGUAUAUAUGUAUGUAUAUGUAUGUAUGUAUAAAUGUAUGUAUGUAUAAAUUUAAAUCACAAUAUAUGACAUUAGGCACAAUUACGGGACUUGUAUCGUAAAAACAAACUUGCCAUAGAUAAUUUAAUCAAAAGUAUUUACCGAUUAUUCUUCCAGAAUUCUUAUUUUGCUUCCUUGAGAAAAAGAAAUCAUAAAUUUUUAAAUAUUGUAUAUAUUAGAAUUAGCAUAUAAUUACUAUAAUUUUAAGAAAACAAUGAAAAGAUUAAUAGAUAAAUUCUGCCAUAAAUAACUUUUAUAUACAUACAAAUGUAUAAGAAUUACAGAUUUUUGUUUAUAAAUCUUUUAAGUUAUCACAAUUAUAUGAUUACAUUAAAUAAUGCUGCAAAAUUGCUCAAAAUUUGCUAAUUAACUGGCUCAGUCUCAGCGCUUCCCAUUUAUCAGUUUUAGAUUGCAAGUCUUCAUAUAACUAUUUUUGCUCAAAAUAUAUUUAAAUGUUUAUUAGAUUGUUUUAUUUUCCAAUAUUUGACUGAUUUAUACAAAUAAAUAAAAAAUAAAGACACAUAGUCUUUAUUUUUUCCAUUUAACUUAAAGAAUAAAGUCUGAUUUAAUUAAAUAGAAAUUUCUCAAAAUUUAGUUUUAAAGCAGUUUUUUUAGUUUCUGAGGCAAGUGUGUAAUUGUUAGUAUAUUUUUUUUUUUAUUGAAAUGAGUACUUCAAGAAAGUAGUAUAAAGAUUUAUGAUAAAAAUAAUACUAAUAAUAAUACAAGCACAUCCGAUAUUACAACAUUAUUAUUAUUAAAGAUAUAAUUACAAGGAAAUCACAA